UUAGCGGAAACGGUGCAGUGCACGUGGGAUUUGUGUGUAAAGUCGAAGUCGUGAUGGGGAAGAGAAGGCAGAAAAGUAACAUUUUUAGUAAUUUAACUAAAAAACAGAAGAAACAUCUGAAAGAAUUCGGAGAGCAGCACCCUUUCCAUGACAACGUCAAUGAAAAGCCCGAGAAGACACAGAUUGUGAAUUUGCGCGACAGCCCGGAGCAGUCCAGCGCUGAGAGUGACACGGAGAGCGAACCAGAACGCGAGUCCGCCUACCAGAAGCUUCUGUCAACGCUGAGCCAGCCUGCUGCAGAGGAGGAGAGCGAAGAUGAAGAUGAAGAAAGUGACAGUGAGGCAGAAGGGCAGCUCGAGGAGGACGAAGAAGGCGCGAGUGACAGUGGCGAGGAGGAUGACGACGAUGAUGAAGCUGUAGAUGAAGCACCCAGAGAGCAAGAAGGAGAGGAUGCAGAGGAGGAAAAGGAGGGAGAGGAAGAGGAAGAGGAAGAGGGUGCGGCUGAGGGGGAUGAUGUCAAAGUGGCUGAGGAGUUCACGGACAAAGAGCACGAGUCCCAGUUCAGCCUGGAGACUAACUUCCAAGAGGAGGAGGAGCAGGAGGGGGAGCCAGAGGCUCUGGAGGCCCCACUACUGCAGGGUGACACCCAGGACCCCUUCAUGCAGCACCUGGAAACGGAGCUGAGUGAAGAGGAAGUGAAGCAAACACAAACUGGGAGCAGAACCAGGACCCAGACCAGGUGGCCUAAAUUGGGGUCCCUGGUGUUCACCUCCACCGUGGAGCGAUUCAGCUCCCUGAGCAAGGAGGAUGGCAGGAGCCAGCCCCACCUCCACAAGGCCCUGGAGGCCACCUGGCCUGCCGUGAACAGGCCCUCCCUCCCCCAGGGGGCGCCAGAGGACGUGAGUCCGCUGCAGCAGGAGCUGCUGGGUCUGAUGGGCUCCUACCGGGACGUGUACUUCCCGGAGAGCUCGCCUCUGGUGGAGGCGCCUCAGGUGCGCAGCGCCUACUGCCUGCACGCCCUCAACCACGUCAUGAAGGCCAACUCCCGCGUCCUGGCCCACAACACCCAGCUGAGGGAGCGCAAGGCCGGCGACGACCACCAGGAGGAGCUGCGGGACCAGGGCCUGACUCGGCCCAAGGUCCUGAUCCUGCUCCCGUUCCGGGACUGCGCCCUGCGGGUGGUGCACAUGCUCGUCAGCCUCCUGGAGUCCCGCGGCCGCAAGAUGGACGUCAGCAACAAGAAGAGGUUCAAGGACGAGUUCGGAGAAGAGUCGGAGGACAGGCCGCCCAACCUCUCCAGGCCUGAGGACUACCACGCCACCUUCUCCGGCAACGUGGACGACCACUUCAGGAUAGGCGUGUCCAUACUCCGGAGGAGCGUCCGCCUGUACUCCCCCUUCUACUCCUCUGACAUCAUCAUCGCCUCGCCGCUGGGCCUGCGCACCAUGCUGGGCACGGAGGGCGAGUCCGCGCGCGACUUCGACUUCCUCUCCUCCAUCCAGCUCCUGGUGGUGGACCAGGCCGACGUCUUCCUCAUGCAGAACUGGGAGCACGUGCUGCAUGUGAUGAAGCAUCUGAACCUGCAGCCGCUGGACUCUCACGGAGUGGACUUUUCCAGGGUGCGCAUGUGGAACCUCAAUAACUGGGCGCAGUGCUACCGCCAAACCCUGGUGUUCAGCGCCAUCCAGGACCCCCAGAUCAACAACAUCCUGUCCAAGCACUGCUUCAACUACAGGGGCCAGGUUGCUGUGAAGAAUUUGCCUAAAACGGGGUCUAUCUGCCAGGUUGUGGUGCAGCUGCCUCACGUCUUCCAGAGGUUCAGUUCUGACAGCUUCAUGGAUCAGGACGCCAGGUUCCAGUUCUUCGUGGAUAAGGUGCUGCCUCAGUACCGAGACGCGGUCAUGUCCCACACGCUGAUCUACGUCCCGUCGUACUUCGACUACGUGCGCCUGCGCAACUAUCUGAAGAAGGAGGACAUGAACUUCUCCUCCAUCUGCGAGUACUCCAAGAAGUCCGAGGUGUCCCGGGCACGGCACUUCUUCCAGAAAGGCGACACGCAGUUCCUGCUCUUCACCGAGCGUUUCCACUUCUACAAGAGGUACGCGAUAAAGGGCAUCCGUAACCUGCUGUUCUACGGGCUGCCGGCGUACGCGCACUUCUACAGCGAGGUGUGCAACAUGCUGCGCGCGGGGAGCGGCGGGGAGGAGGCCGGCUGGACGUGCACGGCGCUGUUCUCCCGCUACGACGCGCAGCGGCUGGCCGCCGUCGCCGGCGCGGAGAGGGCCGCGCUCAUGCUGCAGUCCCAGAAGGCCGUGCACCUGUUCGUCACCGGGGAGGACAAGGCCGUCUGACCGGGGGGGGUCGCCCGGGGCGGGGCGCGCCGUCUCCCGAGAGGCGCUGGAGCGGGGCCGUCGAACGCCGGUCCCGGAGGGCCGCGGUGUCUUCUGGUGUUUGUAGUUUUCUUUCAAUCGGCGGCCAAUCGAGGCGUUCAGAACAUGGUGUGUGGACUCCUCAAACCAAUCGAUGAUUAACCAUUCCGGAAAACUGGCAGACACAGCGCCCCCUCCAGGACUGGAGUUAAACCUGCAGACACAGCGCCCCCUCCAGGACUGGAGUUAAACCAGCAGACACUGCAGCCCUCCAGGACUGGAGUUAAACCUGCAGAUGCUGUGGUCCUCCAGGACUGGAGUUAAACCAGCAGACACUGCAGCCCUCCAGGACUGGAGUUAAACCUGCAGAUGCUGUGGUCCUCCAGGACUGGAUUUAAACCUGCAGACACUGCAGCCCACCAGGACUGGAGUUUGAAAAGUACUAUAAAGAGUGGUUCUCUUGAUGUCAUGUAGACCUGUUCCUGAGACUGAAGUCCCCACUCCGACGUGGAGACGGCAUUCAGGAGAGUGGCUGUGAUAUCGGCCGUGGUCCGGGGUUGGUGUUUGUGGUGUCGCUCCCGUAUAGGUGAACCAGUUCUCUCCCUAAACGCUGAGAGAGCGCUGAAGAUCGGGUGUGGCUAGAACAACAUGUCCUGCUUCUCUACCGUGCAUCCAUCCAAUCAGCAGCAUGCUUUUCUCUUUACACGUUUAAAUAACGUGUAAAGGACUGAUAAUAACAGUUAAUGUUUUUGUAUUUUACAGUUCAUGUUUCACUGUAUGUUUUCCAUGAAAAUUAAUUUGUGGAAUUAGUUUUAAAAGAAAAACUGAAAAGGGGAAUGAAUUUUGUGCUGUGGGUUGUUUAUGAUGUGCGUAUUCAUCGUCCUCAGUUGCCAUACGUCUGAAUAAACAACGCCGAGGAAUG